UUUCUCGUCAAUAUAUCGGAGUUAACAUCAAAACUGAGUGUAAGGGCGUCGCCUCUCUCUCUCCCUCUCUCCGCCUCACGAAUCCCUAAUGGGUAGGUCGUCUCCCUCCGCGGAUUUCCAUUCCAGACGCCACCAUAACGGCCGAGACAACCGCCGCUACUCGUCGGGAUCAGACGACUAUUCCAACCGCAGCCGUAGCCGUAGUCCCAUCAAUGGCUAUAUAGCCCAUCACCAGGAUUCAGGUCGCCGCCGUCGUUGUUCGGACUCCUACGACCGGCCAGAUUUCAGAACAAGCCCUAGAAGGUUCGGCGAUGGCGACCAUCGCAGGAACAAGAGCCGUGCGUAUCUCGAUCGCGAUUUCAGGGGUAGGCGUGGCGACUAUUCGGAGUCGGACGAGGAGUUGAAGGGUUUGAGCUUCGAGGAGUACCGGAGGCUCAAGCGCCAGAAGCUCAGGAAGAUGUUGAAGAGGUGUAUUUGGAAUUUUACUCCGAGCCCUCCGAGGAACGAGAACGAGAACGAGGAGGAGACGGAGCUGGAAGCAGAGGCAAUUGAAGAGAAGAAUGGUGAAGGUGUGGAGAAAGGCGAUUUGAAAGGUAAAUAUGGUGAAAAAGAGACUACUCAUAGUGCGAGUUCUGGUUCCGAACGAUCGGGGAGUGACUCUGAGGACAGUGAAUCUUACUCGAAUUCUGGGUCCGAGUCGGAUGAUUCUCGGUCGAAAAGGAAAAUAAAGGAUAGGAAGAGGUCAAGUUCUGGGCGGAAACGUGGCAAAUCGUACAGUGAUAGUGAGUCGGAAGAUGAUGAGAGUCAGUCUGACUCGAGUGAUGAUUCUGAAGAACGUAGGGAAAGAAGGAAGCAGGCAGGAAGCAGUCGGCGGAACAAGAGUAGUCGGAGGAGUAGUAGGAAGAAAAGCAGUGGUACGAGGAGGAGGCGGAGGGGUUACAGUGAUUCUGAGGAAAGUGAAAGCGAAGAAAGUGAGGAAUCUGAUGUUAGUCGAUCUUCGGAUGAGCGGGUAAGAUCAAAGAAGAGGCGGGAGCACUCAGCUCCUCGAAGGUCUAAGCGUAGUAACAAGAAGAGAAGAUCUGCAUCAGAUAGUGAGAGUUCAGACUACAAUUCAGAUGUGAGUCCAGACUCUAAAGUUGAUGCAAAAACUAAAUCUAUGGUAGAAGAUGCGAAGAUAAAUGAAGUUAGUAAUGAGGUACUCAAGUUCAAAGAAAUGAUUGAGAUGCAGAAGAAGCCUACUUUGGAUAACGAGCCUGUGGUUGGGCCAAUGCCCUUGCCCAGGGCUGAAGGGCAUAUUAGUUAUGGUGGGGCACUUAGGCCUGGUGAAGGUGAUGCUAUUGCUCAGUAUGUCCAGCAAGGGAAACGUAUUCCACGUAGAGGAGAAGUUGGUCUUUCAGCAGAGGAAAUCCAGAAAUUUGAGUCUCUUGGGUAUGUGAUGAGUGGUAGUAGGCAUCAGAGGAUGAAUGCUAUCCGUAUAAGGAAAGAGAACCAGGUUUAUAGUGCUGAGGACAAGCGGGCAUUGGCAAUGUUUAACUAUGAGGAGAAGGCGAAACGUGAGCACAAGGUUAUGGCUGAUUUGCAGCGGCUAGUGCAACGCCAUAUUGGACAGGAUGUUGGCCCUAGUCAUGAUCCCUUUGCUGCGAAAGCCUCUGAGGGUGUUGAUACUUGAUUCUCAUGUAUGGACACUAUUUUUUGUGUUUUUUCAUGCAUUCUAUUUAAUGCUUGCAGUUUCUGUGCUAGUACUUUAUUCACAUGUUAUAUAAUCAAUGGCAUGGAGCCAACCCUAUGCAUACCA